AUGUCGGCCAAAGAUGUACGAACUCAUAUCAUGCUGGAUCUUGAGAUAGCCGCACACCCAUUGAAACACAAUCCUGCGAUCAUCCAGAUCGGCGCUAUAAAUUUUGAUAUCGAAACCGGCGAGGUCUUGAAGACUUUCUUCGUAGAUAUUAACUUGGAAUCUUGUAUCGAAUCCGGCUUAAUCACUGAUUCGGAUACACUUCAGUGGCUUGAGAAAAACAUUCCAGACACAUUGUCUGCUAGCCAAAACAGCAAAGUAGCACUCCAAAUUGCUCUUAAAAGACUCACCACCUGGCUCUCCAGUUGCCAUAAGUCUAAUCAAGUUAGCAUCAAAACCAACUAUCCAGCUGCGAGAUUCGACCCGACCGACCUUCAAGUAAUGAUCUGGGCAUAUGGUAGCACACAGGAUUUCCGGUGGAUGGAGAGUGCCUACAAAGCAGCGGAUUUGAGAAAGCCAUGGAUGUACUAUAACGAUCUCUGUGUUCGAACUUACUGCGAAGCGGCUUUCUCAAUUACAGGGAGAAAUAUCCGACGUGAGGUGGACAAAUCUUUCGUCGGCAAAAAGCACGAUGCUAUCGAUGACUGCAAGCAUCAGAUACUCUACCUGACCAAGUGCCGUGACGCACUUCGAGGACUGCAAGGCUCUGCUAUUGCUCCAGUCCCUUUUGGACCGAUUUCGGAAUCUUCAGUGAAACGACCCAGGACUGUAUUGGAUGACAAUCGUUCCAGAAUGGGUUUAGAUUAG